CUGGGCCAGCACGCGUGACGUUUGGCCAGACGAAGGACCCACGAACGGCGGCCCGUCGUCAUCAUCGUUUGAGUUCCGGUGUAACCUGAAAGUUACUUUGGAAACCGGGACGUUAAUCCGUCAUAAAUCUGCAUAAUCGUGUCUCUUUCACCGUUUUGAGCUGGGCUAAGGGCUCUGCUAUCGGCGCCUGAAGGACCUGGUGGGAACCAUCGACAGGCAGCUAUGUUUCUCUACAACAUUACCCUUCAGCGUGCCACGGGCAUCACGCACGCCAUCCAUGGAAACUUCUCAGGAACCAAGAUGCAGGAAAUUGUUGUUUCCCGGGGAAAGAUCUUGGAGUUGCUGCGCCCGGAUGCCAACACGGGGAAGGUUCACACUCUGCUCACCAUGGAGGUGUUUGGCAUCAUCCGGUCCCUGAUGGCCUUCAGGCUCACUGGAGGAACAAAAGACUACAUUGUGGUGGGCAGCGACAGCGGGCGAAUCGUCAUCCUGGAGUACCAGCCCUCGAAGAACAUGUUCGAGAAGAUCCACCAGGAGACAUUUGGGAAGAGCGGCUGCCGGCGCAUCGUCCCGGGACAGUUCCUGGCUGUCGACCCAAAAGGCAGAGCCGUCAUGAUCGGAGCCAUAGAGAAACAGAAGUUGGUGUAUAUUCUGAACAGAGACGCAGCUGCCAGACUGACCAUCUCCUCCCCCCUGGAGGCCCAUAAAGCCAACACACUGGUCUACCAUGUAGUCGGAGUGGACGUAGGCUUUGAAAACCCCAUGUUCGCCUGCCUCGAAAUGGACUACGAGGAAGCUGACAAUGACCCUACAGGCGAGGCAGCGGCCAACACGCAGCAGACGCUCACCUUUUACGAGCUGGACCUCGGCCUGAACCACGUGGUCCGCAAGUACAGCGAGGCUUUGGAAGAGCACGGAAACUUCCUCAUCACUGUUCCUGGUGGCUCUGACGGGCCCAGCGGGGUUCUGAUCUGCUCUGAAAAUUACAUCACCUACAAGAACUUUGGAGACCAGCCUGACAUUCGCUGUCCGAUCCCCCGGCGCAGGAAUGACCUGGAUGACCCGGAGCGUGGCAUGAUCUUUGUCUGCUCAGCCACACACAAGACCAAGUCCAUGUUCUUCUUCUUGGCCCAGACCGAGCAGGGAGACAUAUUUAAGGUUACCCUGGAAACAGACGAAGAGAUGGUAACAGAGAUCAGGAUGAAGUACUUUGACACUAUCCCCGUGGCAACAGCCAUGUGUGUCCUGAAGACUGGCUUCCUGUUUGUGGCGUCGGAGUUUGGAAACCAUUACCUGUACCAGAUUGCCCACUUGGGCGACGAUGACGACGAGCCUGAGUUCUCGUCUGCGAUGCCAUUGGAGGAAGGAGACACCUUCUUCUUCCAGCCCCGCCCCCUGAAGAACCUGGUGCUGGUGGACGAGCAGGAGAACCUGUCACCCAUCAUGUCCUGUCAGAUAGCUGAUCUGGCCAAUGAGGACACUCCUCAGCUGUAUGUGUCCUGUGGAAGAGGACCCAAGUCUACUCUGAGGGUCCUUCGACACGGACUGGAGGUUUCAGAGAUGGCUGUGUCCGAGCUGCCCGGUAACCCGAACGCUGUGUGGACCGUACGCAGACAUGUGGAAGAUGAGUUUGAUGCCUACAUCAUCGUGUCAUUCGUCAACGCCACCCUGGUCUUGUCCAUCGGUGAGACUGUAGAGGAAGUGACGGACUCCGGUUUCCUGGGAACAACACCCACUCUGUCCUGCUCGCUGCUCGGAGACGACGCCCUGGUGCAGGUUUACCCUGACGGCAUCCGCCACAUCCGAGCAGACAAGCGUGUGAACGAGUGGAAGACUCCUGGCAAAAAGACGAUCGUCCGGUGUGCGGUGAACCAGCGGCAGGUGGUUAUUGCCCUCACCGGAGGGGAGCUGGUCUACUUUGAGAUGGACCCGUCAGGCCAGCUGAACGAGUACACCGAGCGGAAGGAGAUGUCUGCAGAUGUGGUGUGCAUGAGCCUGGCCAACGUGCCUCCUGGUGAGCAGCGCUCGCGCUUCCUGGCUGUGGGAUUGGUCGACAACACCGUGCGCAUCAUCUCCCUGGACCCCUCGGACUGCCUUCAGCCAUUGAGUAUGCAGGCUCUGCCAGCCCAGCCUGAGUCUCUGUGUAUCGUUGAGAUGGGAGGAGUCGAGAAACAGGAUGAGUUGGGAGAGAAAGGAACCAUCGGCUUCCUCUACCUCAACAUAGGACUGCAGAACGGUGUGCUGCUCAGGACCGUUCUGGACCCGGUGACUGGAGACCUUUCAGACACCAGAACACGCUACCUGGGAUCACGACCCGUCAAACUCUUCAGAGUCAGGAUGCAGGGACAGGAAGCCGUGCUGGCGAUGUCCAGUCGAUCCUGGCUCAGCUACUCGUACCAAUCUCGUUUCCAUCUGACCCCUCUGUCAUACGAGACUCUGGAGUACGCCUCUGGCUUCGCCUCCGAGCAGUGUCCAGAGGGCAUAGUCGCCAUCUCUACCAACACACUGAGGAUCUUGGCGUUGGAAAAGUUGGGUGCAGUCUUCAACCAGGUGGCCUUCCCUCUACAAUACACCCCGAGGAAGUUUGUAAUCCACCCAGAGACAAACAACCUCGUCUUGAUAGAGACCGACCACAAUGCCUACACUGAGGCAACCAAAGCUCAGAGAAAGCAGCAAAUGGCUGAGGAGAUGGUGGAGGCUGCAGGAGAAGAUGAAAGGGAACUGGCCGCUGAGAUGGCCGCUGCCUUCCUCAACGAGAAUCUGCCCGAAGCCAUUUUCGGAGCGCCCAAAGCCGGAGCCGGGCAGUGGGCCUCGCUGGUCCGGCUGGUCAACCCCAUCCAGGGUUCAACACUGGACCAAGUGCAGCUGGAGCAGAACGAAGCUGCUUUCAGCGUGGCAGUGUGUCGCUUCACCAGCGCAGGAGAUGAUUGGUUUGUUCUUGUGGGCGUGGCCAGAGACAUGAUUCUCAAUCCCAGAUCGGUGGGCGGCGGAUUCAUUUACACCUAUCGACUGACCGGGGGCGGGGACAAGCUGGAGUUCAUGCACAAGACACCAGUGGAGGAUGUGCCUCUGGCCAUUGCUCCUUUCCAGGGACGCGUCCUCGUGGGUGUCGGUAAGCUACUGCGAAUCUACGACCUCGGCAAAAAGAAGCUGCUGCGCAAGUGUGAAAACAAGCACGUUCCCAACCUGGUGACCGGCAUCCACACCAUCGGCCAGCGUGUGAUCGUGUCAGACGUCCAAGAGAGCCUGUUCUGGGUUCGUUACCGGCGUAACGAGAACCAGCUGAUCAUCUUUGCUGAUGAUACGUACCCCCGCUGGGUGACCACAGCGUGUCUGCUGGACUACGACACGAUGGCCUCCGCCGACAAGUUUGGGAACAUCAGCAUUGUGCGUCUGCCCCCUAACACCAGCGAUGAUGUGGAUGAGGACCCAACAGGAAACAAAGCAUUGUGGGACAGAGGCCUGCUCAAUGGAGCUUCACAGAAGGCCGAGGUGAUCGUGAACUACCACGUCGGAGAGACGGUGCUGUCCCUGCAGAAAACCACGCUGAUCCCCGGAGGCUCCGAGUCCUUGGUGUACACCACGCUGUCCGGCGGAAUCGGCAUUUUGGUGCCAUUCACCUCACAUGAGGAUCAUGAUUUCUUCCAGCAUUUAGAAAUGCACAUGAGAUCAGAGUUCCCUCCUCUGUGUGGCAGGGAUCAUCUCAGCUUUAGGUCCUACUACUUCCCUGUCAAGAAUGUGAUUGAUGGAGAUCUGUGUGAGCAGUUCAACAGCAUGGACCCUCACAAGCAGAAGAGUGUGGCCGAGGAGCUGGACCGAACGCCGCCCGAGGUCUCCAAGAAACUCGAGGACAUCCGCACUCGCUACGCUUUCUAAACACGGACACACACACACACACACACUCCUCGAGACAGUCAUGUACACAAAAUCUGCCCUCUGUGGACACCGACGGACGGACGGACGGACGGACACACUGCAGGGGUUCUCAUGCACUUCUACGUUUGCGCUCACGUUGAUCAUGGAAAAAAAAAAAACAACAGCUUUCCGAGGUUGCUAAAUGCUUUUUUCACCUGUGUAAACGCACAGACGCUAGAUUGCGUGUGUGUGUGUGUGUGUGUGUGUGUGUGUGUGUGUGUGUGUGUGUGUGCAUUUUGCCUCCUCAUGUCGAGCAGCUGUCUUUACAAACGGAUGACGGUGUGAAACUCGCACCUCGUUUUGACCGAGCUCUCGGUCUCACACAGAAUUCACCCCAACGCUCAUUUACGGACAGUAGCGUGUGAACAUCAAGUCACACAUUACUGGUAAACAACACACACUCCCACACACACACACCAUCACUCUAAAACCAGUAUGUUCUUUAGUAUUUAAUAGCUUGCUGUCUAAUUUUCCACUGUCACAGGCGCUGUGGUGUGGAACAGGAAGUCCUGUCUGUUUUUGAAGAGCAGGACUUUCUCGAAAGUGUCGUCUCACGUUCUAAUCUGAGCUCGACUCAGUCGCUUUUAUUUUAUUUAGUUUGUAGAGCAACCCAUGCAGUUGCUGCACAGUAAAGGUAUUUUUAAAUUUUCAGAGUUUCAGUUGAGAAGCCACAUUGUCACUGUGCAGAAAAUGACCUGAAUCCUGUUUGAGGGAAUUUUAGCUCGAGGGCUCAGUCGGAGGCGUUGCCCUUUUCCCUUUUUUUGAAACAUUUCUCAUGUUGUGUCUGAGCGGCUGUUUACCACCAUCGUCGCUUCUGCUGAUGCUGAAAAAAAGAUCCAUUAUAUUUCCACGUCCGGGUUUUGUAGCUCCUGCAAACUAGAAAUGUAUAGGAAUUCCUGCAGUGUAGAUUUUGUAUGACUGAUGUGUUUCCGCCUGAACAGAAGAGGCACAUGAAGAAGACGCUGCGUGUAAGACUGAAAACCUGAGGACUUUUUUCUGUCUGACAGUUAUGUGGCAAAAAAAAAAAAGAUUUUUUUCAUCCUGUGUUGUAUUUGUAUGACUUUGAUCUCACCAAAAUGAAAUGGUUUAGCUAUGAAUGGUUGUGGUUAUUUUUUAAAUAUCGUUUUAUUUGCUAUACACAAUAGUCCCAGAUGGUGUUCAUUUGUGUGUCCUCGCCCCUGCUAAGUCACUUGAGUAUUGUCUUGUGACCGAGGCUCAUUAAGACGUGUUGCCGCUGUGUCGCCUGCACAGCAGCAGCUCCGGCUCGCUCUCGCUCUGGAGCCACGGUUUCACGAGGCGCUGCCGUCCGCUGGCAUCAGGAUCAGAGCGCUGAGGCUCCAGAGGUGGGUGGAGGAAUACUGAAGGUUUGCAGUCACUGGGUGUUGUUCCUCUGUCCUGUAAAUUCCCAACCUCAGCCACAAGCACCGACAUAGCAUUCCACAGCAGUCACUGGAUUUAGGGGUUUGUGGGAUGGGGGUCAGUGGUCUGUGUUGUAAAUAAAAUUCUUUUUUUUUCUUCUUCUUCUUUUUAA